GUCAUCACUGCUGAUUCCUGUUUGCUAUCCAGACUCUACCAAACCAGACUGCUGGUGUAUCUGUGAAGUGUUUGCCAGUGGAUUGAGCUGCUGCCUGCUAACCUGUGAACUGAACUGCCUAUUUACAGACAACACAGAUGGGAGUCGCUCCAAAGAAUGUUUCUAAACAGUAUUUAUUGCUCUGUACCCAAAACCCACCGGAGAGAAAGCUGGUUUCUCAGAAGUGUUGACACACCUGAGAGCACAGGUGAGACCAUCACUUCUGCUCACAUUCCUGGCUGAAAAGGAACCCAUCCAGAGCCCUCAGCACACAAGAAACAAUGAACAGUCUUGGGCAGGACCAUUCUGGUUUCUGCCUGCUCCCAGAGCUGACCUUGUGCCACAGAUCUCUGUACCCAGAUCCCAUGGAGAAAGAGCUGGUCUCUCAUUAGUGCUGACACACAGGUGUAUAGGAGGAUCAAGCCACUGUCAGACACAGCAAGAACAGCUAACACCAGAGUUAAGCAAACGGCAAGAGGCAAGGGCAAAUACCUAAGCGAUAGAAACCAAGGCCACUUGGCAUCAUCAGAACCAAGUUUCCCCACCAGAGGAAGCUCUGGAUACUCCAACACACCAGAAAAGCCUGAUUGAUUUAAAAUCACAACUCAUGAAUAUGUUAGAGGACUUCAAGAAAGACUUAAAUAACUCCCUUAAAGAAAUACAAGACACCACAUUGCUGAGGAAGAAGCCGUUGAGGAAGAGGAUGUCCAAGAUGAAGAAGUUCAGAGUCAGUCUUCUGCUUCCUCUGAAGAUUAUAUCAUCAUCCUGCCUGAGUGCUUUGAUACCAGCCGCCCCCUGGGAGACUCCAUGUACAGCUCUGCGCUCUCCCAACCAGGCCUGGAGCGAGGGGCUGAAGGUGAACCUGGGAUUGAGUCUGGGCAGGAACCAGCUGAGGCUAGAGAGAGACUCCCGGAAAGGGAGAGCCAGCCAAAGGAGCAGAACAUGAGUGACAUCCUCACAACCUCACAGCCUCUGGAUACGAUGCCUCUAGUCCCAGAAGUGGCAGGACUUCCAGCAGCACUGUCCAGGAGCGCCCCUUGUGGACAGUAUGAGGCACCACGAGUGGAUUCACCAGUUACCAUCCAAGUUCCCCGAGUCCCCGAUCACGUCAGAGGAGAGCCCAGAGGCUCAACAGGACUCACAAACAACCGACAGAAGAGCUGUGACCACUCAAGGCACCACAAUGGGAGCAGCAUUGCUGGAGGACUGGUAAAAGGGGCUUUGUCUGUUGCUGCCUCUGCGUACAAGGCCCUGUUUUCUGGGCCACCAGUCACUGCACAGCCCGUCGUUUCUGAAGAUCAGACCGCAGCCCUGAUGGCCCAUCUCUUUGAAAUGGGAUUCUGCGACAGGCAGCUGAACCUAAGAUUGCUGAGAAAACACAAUCACAAUAUCCUGCAGGUUGUGACAGAGCUCCUCCAAGUGAACAACAACGACUGGUACAGCCACCGCUAUUGAGGACUGGCCUCGUAUUAAAUAACUGCCUGCUGCUCAGAGGUGGUCUGUACCGUCAUGUCAUUGAGGUGUGGGUGGAAGCCCUUGCUUGCUUUUUAAUCUGAUGAAUCUAUGUCGAGCGUCCCUGAAUUGUCAAAGCCGUACCUGUUACAGUACUUUUUGGAGCAAAUCAAAGGCCAGAACUUAAAUUUUCACUUUAGAAAUGGAUAAAUGGUAGGAAGACAGUUUUCAACUUAUCUGGACAGAACUCUCUCUGCUGUAGUAUGUGGAAGCGUGUAACUUGGACUUCCUGUAGACUGCUUCUCCUUCUGCUUGUAUUGAAGUUGAGUAUUUUCCUUUGGUUCAUGUGGAUGUUUUUAAUGGGCUGUUAAAUGUUAGUUUGGUUUUUCUGUUUUUUAAAGAUUAACCUUGAAUGUUUUCAAGAAUUAUUCUAAUUUCUAUAACCAACCCCAAGCUUCAUAGCUAUGUAAAGACAGCAGAUCAAGAAAGUCAUGUCCCUAAAAGACUUAGUAAAUAAGUAACACUUUGCUUUCAGAAGACCUAGCAGGAACCUGGAAGGAUGGCAGGCAUGGUGGUUAACCCACAGCACCUACUGGACAGCGUCUGUCAAAGUAACUCUGCAUACAUUUUUUUAAGGAAAAAUCCUGGGUAGUGUGAAAUAUUUUGCUAGUCCUAUAAAGAGGGGGAAACCCACCUGUUGGAGAAAGGGAACGUUAACAUCUUUUUUUCUGAGUGUCACAGCAGAUGGUAAGGAGGACAGGUGUGUGUAAAUAUUCACAUCAGUAAGGUUACGGUGCGAAGGAGGGGACACACAUGCUGGUGACAUCUUGAAUGUGUCCAGCCAAGAGCAAGAAGUAGUGCUUGGGGGCUAACCCACAGAAAGGUCAGUUUACCACUACAGUAAGUGGGAAGAAACUUCCUUUCAGAGUUCUAGGUCUCAUUUAGUUUAUAAAAGGGCACUUUGGGUACAGAUGGGUACAGAGGUCACAACACUAAAGAUUUUACUCAUGGUAAGAAUUUGAGAGAAGGAAUCUGGACUCCAGCUUAAAGGGGAAAGAUAGGUGAAAUAGUAUUAUUUAACUUAGUUGGUAUUUAUAAUAAAUGGUGAUUUUAAUUACUCAUAAUAUGUUUAUUUACAGUCUAACCCUUGAAUGCUUCUAAAUAAACCACAAUUCAAACUGAAAAAAAAAAAAAAAGAAA